AAGUAUAAUAAUUUACGUAAAUCAGAAUGAUGAAGACGCUUGUGAGUCGGUUCACGUUUUUCGCCCGUCUAUAGUCCUGCUGCUGGUUCUUCCUUUUCAGUACCUGUCUGAUCUCAAGCCGGCACACGCCGAGAGUCAAUAGAAGUUAACAAGUCCUCCAAACUUCCCUGAUCCUUUUGUCUCAGUAAGGACACAAAGGAGGGGGAGAAUAGUCCGCUUUGAAGUGCAUAAAAAGCCUAAAUAAUGCCGGCAGAGUAGAUUUAAAGUAGCCAUUGAUUCGUCAAACCUGGCUUGAAUGGGAAGAAUGGAAAGGGAUGAGGAUUUAUGGAGAAAUUAUACAGUGGAUUUGUCAGUGAAAAUAUCGGAACUGUCUGGAGGAUAAAGCCACAUGCUGAGGAUUAAUGGUUGCUCUGGACCUUUGAUUAUGCACCCUCUUUUCUCUGCCCUUGACAAAUUGGAUUUUGGGGACGGGAAGGUCGCCUGGCCCUUUGUGUCUCUUGACCAGUUUGGAGCGAUUCAUUAUGCGGCGGGGUGAGGGAAAGUCUCCAUGUGACCACGCAGGCCGCUGCGUCUUCCACUGUCCUCACAGCUGCUGGAAUUGCCCGGCUCUCUCACACUCACUCACACUCACACGCACCGCAUCGCAUCGCGAACUCAGGACCACUCUCCUCCCAUCUGAGCCACACUCGCAUCCCGGACCGCAUGGGGAGGGGGUGGAUGAAUGGUCGGAUGGUGGGAGGUGGAGGGGGUUACCUUGCCUGCACCCAUCACUAGAAAAGCGGGCUGCAUAACGCCACCGCGUCACUUUGCACGGUCCUCCUCCUGCUCUUCUCUUCCUCCUUGAACCCUCUUGCCUGAGCUCUCUCACACUCGGCUUCCAUCAGCCUUCAUGGUUCUGAUCUCACCCCACGCCAUGCAAGCCACCCGGGCGUCCGCCACCGUCAGUGUGCUUUCAGACUGUGGAAUCCCGGCUGGGCUCCGGAUAGGUCCGGUACCUGGCGUCUUUAAAUUGGGGAAGUACCUGUCAGACCGCAAAGAAGUUGGGCCCAAGAAAAAGAUCCGCUUGGUGCGGGAAGAAUUUGUGGACGAGUCUGGCUGUCCCGUGUCAGACUGGAUCGGAUUCAUCCGAGCCGCUAGAAACGGUCAAGAACAAAAUCUCGAGGCUGUAUCUGACCUACCUGGCGGACAGAUCUUUUACCGCGCGGUAAGAGAAAUUCCCGCAGGGGAAGAACUCAGUGUUUGGUACUCGAACGCUUUGGCCCAGUGGUACGACGUGCCCACGACGGCCACCCCCACGCACGACGAGAAAGGUGAGGAGCGUUACAUCUGUUGGUACUGCUGGCGCAUCUUUAAAUACCCCAACACCCUCAAAGCCCACGUCCACUUCCACUGCGCCCUGAGCAAUGGGCGCGGGUUCGUCGGCAGCGAGCAAGCCAGAGGCACGGAGGCCUUCAGCAGGUCUCCGAAGUCCGGAGACAUCCCCAACAUGUCUUCUUCGCCAAGAAGCUCUCAGAACAUCUCGUCUAUGUCCGACUCCAGCAGGCGGCCACUGUACUCGCCUUUCCUGGGCAAGGCCGGAGCGGUGAAGAAAAGCAGCUCCGAGGAGCAAGACCGAGCCCUCGACAUGAGCGUGACUUCAUCCCGCAACCAAGGACACACGCUCGGCCUCGGCGCAGCGCCCUCCGUGCUGACCUCCAUGGGCUUCCACCCGGGUGUGCGCUCCGCAUUCAAGCCCACCGGCGUGGCGAAGAUCCCGGUCGGCGACGCGCACAGAGAGGACGCCAGCUCCAAGAUGGGCGCGUUGGGAUUCGGCAAACUCCUGAAAGCGAGCGGCAAUCCUGCGGCCAAGUGCGCCCCGGGGAUGCUCGAUUCCCCCGGCACGGUGCCCGCAUGCGCCAACGCCAUCCGAGGCUUUCCUCUGCUGCCGCACACGGAGGAGACGUCGGCUUUCAAGCAGGUCGAGAGUCGAGUGCACGCCGGGCUCUCCCCGUCCCGCUACGCUCACGUGCACCCGGGACUCCACUUUGAAAGGUUUUCUCUGCCCAACUUCGACGGCGCAGACUGUAACAUCCCCCUGAUGCCCUUCACGGUCUACAACGGGGAACUUCUGUACAGUUCGCCCUAUUACCCUCUUAAAUUCCACUUCAGCAAUCUCCUCAAGUACCCGGAGUCCAUGCCCUACUUCGGCGCGCCCUCCCUAAACCAAGACAUGGGCACAAUGGCCAACAUUGACCGGGAGAUCGCCAUGCACACGCAACAGCUGUCCGAAAUCGCCACCGAGAAGGGCCGCGGCAGACUGGACCCCUUGCCCGCGGGCAGCACCAGCAACGCCGGCUCUGCAGGCAAACCCAAAAAGGGACACCUGUGCCUGUACUGCGGGAAGCUCUACUCCAGGAAAUACGGCCUGAAAAUCCACAUGAGGACUCACACGGGCUACAAGCCGCUGAAGUGCAAAGUGUGCUUCAGGCCCUUCGGGGACCCCAGCAACUUGAACAAGCACAUUCGGCUCCACGCGGAGGGCAACACGCCCUACAGGUGCGACUUCUGCGGCAAGGUUCUGGUCCGGAGGAGGGAUCUGGAGAGGCACGUCAAGUCCAGACACCCGGGCCAGAGCGUCAAGAAGCUGGACGACAAGGCGGGCCUGUUCGGCGACGCCGAGCUGAAGAGCGACAACGACAGCGACGUGGACGUCUGCUUCACCGACGACCAAAGUGAGCCCGAAUCCAGCAAGAAUCACGACUGAACGACAUCGCUAUGGUUACAUCUGCCUUUGAAUCCUGACGCCCCAAACAACAUUUUAUUUAGAACCCCUUGCACCAUGCCAGCCAGUUCACUUGCGAUUUUUUUGUGUUGACACAGGGAGCCCCCCCCAUCCCCCGGAAUAAUAUAUCCUAUAAAGACUGUACAAUAAUCAAGUGACGUUUGAUGAAACCAGAUCGAAUUAAAAACGUGCUGUAAUGCAAAAGGCCAAGGUUGUUUCAGUGUUGGACACACUCUGUCGGCUUCCUAAAUUGCACGACUUCGGUCUGUCUUACUUUUUUUUUUUCUCAGUGAUAAAAACAGAUCUGUUUUUCUCCCUAGUAUAUAUAUUUCUUGCUUCACAAAUGGUCUGCUUUUUGUUUUUGUUUUUUUCUUUUACCGUAUGAACACUGCAUUCCAACAUAUACUGGCGCAAAACUGGGGAAAAUGCCAAAUUUGUUUAUUUAUUUUCACUGACGUGUAAAAUGAACAUAUAGGCCUACAAAUCCCCAAAGUCACACUUGACAAUACCUGACAACGAUCCCAUCUGCACUUUAAGGAAAACAUUUCAUUUUAACCAAACCGCUGCCGGGUUAUUAUGAUGAAAAUUCAACCUAUUUUCCUUACUUCAUGUAAAACUCAGCUUCUUGCGCCUCACUCAUUAUACACUAUUUAAAUUUGCACUUUCUUGCCGAGGCACGCUGUUCUUAAAGAAGCAAACAGCAUCAUGUGUUUAUUUAUGGAAUUAUUUCUGAGAGAAAAAAAAUGUAUUGAGCUAUGUAAAGAUGUGUAAAGUAUGAUAAUUCACAUUAAAACGAUGUACGCGUCUGUUUAUAAGCCAUAUUGUCAAUGAUGACAAUAUUUUACCCUUGUCCAAAAUGUGGUUGUGUUUUUUUUUCUUUUUUAAAAUAAAUCCGAAAAAAAAAAAUA